AUGACUUUGCCAGGAAUGUGCAAGAAUCCAGAACUUAAGCCUGGAUCCCCAUCAUCAAAGUCCUGUACCUUGACUUUGAGACAUUGUUUGUGCUCAUCCCUGGUUUGUGUAUUCCCAAGGUAUGGAUUUUAUGCACUUGGAUACCGGUGGGUACUAGUCAAAGAGAACACAUCUGGGGAACAGAGGCUGUCCCAGGAACAUAAACCAUGGUUGGACUGCAGCCUUGUCUCACCCUUCCAAGGGAGGGGGCAGAGUUCUCACCCAGCUUUCCGUGUGCUUAGGUUGAACCAUCCCAACGUAGUAAAAGCCUGUGAAGUUCCCGAGGAGAUGAACUUUCUGGUUAACGACGUUCCCCUCCUGGCCAUGGAAUAUUGCUCGGGGGGUGACCUCCGGAAGCUGCUAAACAAACCAGAAAACUGCUGUGGACUUAAGGAAAGUCAAAUCCUUUCUCUGCUUAGCGACAUCGGUUCUGGUAUCCAGUAUUUGCAUGAAAACAGAAUUAUACACAGAGAUUUAAAGCCUGAAAAUAUUGUUCUUCAGGAUGAAGGUGGGAAGAUUGUCCACAAAAUAAUAGACCUGGGAUAUGCAAAGGAUCUGGAUCAAGGAAGUUUAUGCACUUCGUUUGUUGGAACAUUACAAUAUUUGGCUCCAGAACUCUUUGAGAAUAAAUCCUACUCGGUUACUGUUGAUUACUGGAGCUUUGGGACGAUGGUGUUUGAAUGCAUUGCAGGAUUUAGACCUUUCUUACAUAAUCUACAGCCAUUCACCUGGCAUGAAAAAAUCAAGAAGAAGGACCCGAAGCACAUCUUUGCCUCGGAGGAGAUGAACGGGGAGGUUCGGUUCAGCACCCACCUGCCGCAGCCCCACAGCCUCUGUGGUUUGAUUGUAGAACCCAUGGAAAAUUGGCUGCAACUGAUGCUGAAUUGGGAUCCACAGCAGAGGGGUGGAGGUUCAGAUCCCGAGACCGGUCGUCCAAGGUGUUUCCUAAUAAUGGAUCACAUCCUGAAUUUGAAGAUAGUGCACAUCCUAAACAUGACCUCUGCCAAGAUCGUGUCCUUUCUUUUGCAUCCCGAGGAAAGCCUUCAUUCCCUUCAGAAUCGGAUUGAGUUUGAGACUGGGAUAAGCACUGGAAAUCAGGAACUGCUGUUGGAAACAGGGAUUUGCCUGGACCCUCGGAAACCUGCUUCCCAGUGUGUUAUUGAUGGCGUGAGAGGCUGGGACAGCUACAUGGUCUAUUUGUUUGAUAAAAGCAAAACUGUCUACGAUGGCCCCUUUGCUUCUCGGAGUCUGUCUGACUGUGUGAACUACAUUGUCCAGGACAGUAAGAUCCAGCUGCCGAUCCCUCAGCUGCGCAAGGUGUGGGCAGAAGCGGUUCACUACGUGAUCGGCCUGAAGGAGGACUACAGCAGGCUCUUCCAGGGCCAGAGAGCUGCCAUGCUCAGCCUCCUUCGGUACAACGCCAACCUGAUCAAAAUGAAGAACAACAUGGUCUCAGCAUCCCAGCAGCUGAAGGCAAAGCUGGAGUUCUUUCACCAGAGCAUUCGCCUCGACCUGGAGAGAUACAGUGACCAGAUGGCUUAUGGAAUAUCUUCAGAGAAGAUGCUCAAAGCCUGGAAGGAAAUGGAAGAGAAAGCCUCUCAGUGUGCACAGGCUGAAGAUAUUGGGUAUCUGGAUGAGCAGAUCAUGGCUCUGCACACAGAAAUCGUGGAGCUCCAGAAGAGUCCGUAUGCCAGGCGCCAGGGAGAGGUCAUGGAGAGCCUGGAACAGAGAGCCAUAGACUUGUACAAGCAAUUGAAAACAAGACCUCCAGAUCAUGCCUACAGUGACAGCACAGACAUGGUGAAGAUCAUUGUGCAGACAGUCCAGAGCCAAGACCGAGUCCUCAAGGAGCUCUUUGGCCAUCUCAGCAAGCUCUUGGGCUGUAAGCAGAAGAUCAUUGACUUGCUUCCUGAGAUUGAAGUGGCUCUAAAUAACAUCAAGGAAGCUGACAACUCAGUGAUGCAGAUGCAGGGAAAAAGACAAAGGGAGAUAUGGCAUUUGCUGAAAAUUGCUUGUACCCAGAGCUCCUCCCGAUCCCUGGUCAGCUCCAGCCUGGAAGGGCCGGCCUCGACUCCCGCAGCCGCGUGGCUCCCGCAGGGCUCCUCAGGGAACGCCCCUCCCCACCCUCUGUCCUCGCUGGCAGCUCCCCAGGAAGGGGAAAAUUUUGCUGAUGUGAUACAGGAGAAUGUGAAUUACCUGGAACUCUUCAGCAGCAUCCUGCAGGAGGUGAGGCAGGAGCAGAACAGCAUGAUGGUAAGUCUGAGUUGGGACUUUAGAGAGUACUGA